GCGCGUGCGCGUACGUUAAAUUUGUGUUUGAGGAGCACGGCGGUGAUGGGAGAGCAGUAGAUUGGCCGGCUCCAAGUCGGGACUGGCUGUCAGGACACAUGGCGGCGAUUCCAACCUUGAGCAACUAUGCGCGCCGCAUGGCAAGGCUGAGUGCACGCAUCUUCGGCGAGGUGGCGCGGCCCACCGACGCACCCUCUAUGAAGGUGGUGUCAUUGAUGAGUGAGAGGCCCAUGGCCAAGCAGCCGGACGUGGUCAACUACUAUCCAGCGCACCAGGAGUACUCGCAGCUCAUGCGUACCCUGCGCUUCCAUGGCCUCUACAGAGAUGAACACGAGGAUUUCAGGGAAGAGAUGAAGAGACUCAAGAAACUUCGGGGGAAAGGGAAGCCAAAGAAGGGAGAAGGAAAGCGGGCAUUACAGAAGAAGUGACCAAACGUGUUUCUAACCACGGUGUUAUUUUGUGCCAAUAAAUUACAUUGGCAUCUGUGAAUUCUCAAUGAUGUUUUCUUUUUUCCAAUGGGGUUGGCAAAUGUUGUAGUGUUGUGAUAUACCAUAUAUUGUAUUUACCUGCUUUUGCUUCAAACUGUAAAUACUGUCAUAACUGAAUAAAAUUAUAAAAAUCA